CCUCCACAUCAUAUCCACCGUUACAUCGUUAGGCUGCCUGCACCAUGCCUGAUAUCGCCUCCAACGGUGCCCGCAACGGCGCUGCUCAUGCAGAGGAGAAACCGGAGACCCCGGUGCUCCAUGUGGUGGACAGCCGCACGGGAAAGUACCACCCCAUCCCCAUCGUGCGCAACGCCAUCAACGCCAGCGAGUUCAAGAAGCUCAAGGCUCCUGAAGACCCGGAGCACCCGGAAGAUCAGAAUGAGCAGGGGAUCCGGGUGUUCGACCCGGGCUACUCCAACACGGCCGUCAGUGAGAGCAAGGUCACUUACAUCGAUGGCCUCAAGGGCACCAUCCAGUACCGGGGUUACCGGAUCGAGGAUAUCGUGGGCAAGAAGAAGUUCAUCGACACCGCACAUCUCCUCAUCUGGGGUGAAUGGCCCACCCCAGAGCAGGCCAGCACCCUGCACGAGAAGCUCUCCAGUGUGCCGGUGAUCAAUGAAUCCGUCUUCAAGGUCAUCCAGGCCUUUCCCCCGAACGCCUCCAUCAUCGGCAUGAUGAUUGCCGCCCUCUCAGCCGUCCAGAGUUCCCAAAUGGACCGCAUCCCCGCCCACGCCGCCAAAAACCUCUACCUGGGCCUCCCCAAGGCCGUCGACGACGAGAUCAUCCGCCUGAUGGGCACCCUCUCCCAAAUCACGGCGGCCGUGUACUGCCAUCACACGGGUCGCGACUUCACCCCACCCCGCCCCGAACUCUCCUACAUCGAAAACUUCCUCCUCAUGAUGGGCCACGUCGAGUCGACCACCGGCCUCCCCAACCCCCAAUACGUGGACCGCAUCGAACGUCUCUGGGUCCUCAUCGCCGACCACGAAAUGACCUGCUCCACCGCCGCCUUCCUCCAAACCGCCUCCUCCCUCCCGGAUGUCUUCUCCUGCAUGAUCUCCGCUCUGUCGGCCCUCUAUGGCCCCCUCCACGGCGGCGCCAUCGAAGUCGCCUACAAGAACUUUGAAGAAAUCGGCACCGUCGAGAACGUCGCCGCCAAGAUCGAACGCGUCAAAGCCGGCAAGGAACGUCUCUACGGUUACGGACACCGGAUCUACCGCGUCACGGAUCCCCGGUUCACUUUCAUCAGUCAGAUCCUCGACGAGCUGAAGGAUGAGAUUGCCCGGAACCCGAUCCUGAAAGUGGCAUUUGAAGUCGACCGCGUCGCCUCUGAGGACGAAUACUUCGUCUCGCGCAGAUUACGCCCCAACGCGGAUCUCUUCGCCGCUUUGACCUACAGUGCUAUGGGCUUCCCCACUGAAUUCAUCCUCCCGCUGUCUCUCCUCUCCCGCACCCAGGGCUUCAUGGCCCACUGGAAGGAAGCAAUGUCCGGCACGGCACGUAUCUGGCGGCCCGGACAGAUCUACACCGGACAUUUGAACCGCGAGAUGGAGUAG